AUGCGGUGUUUGGUGGUUAGGGACCCGCCUGGUGGCAUGCCUUCUCGAGUGCCUGGUAUCCUGGGGAUGAACGUGAUUCGUAAGUGCUACCAGGACCUUUUUGGCCAACAUGGUGUAGCGUUGUUCUCCCAGGUCUGUAUCUCUGAAGCCCCCAAGCCAGUUGUGCAGGCACUGCAACAGUGUCAUCAUGCAAGUGGCCUAACUCCCUCAGACACUCCAGGGGCGGUGAAGGUCAGGGGUAAGAGGAGCUGGCAGAUUCCGGGUGGGGUUAUGAGAAUGGUGGCCGCCACAUGUUCUGAGCAGUACUCAGGUUCUACGGUACUUUUUGAGCCUUUGGAUGGUGGUUUGCCUGCGGGGUUGCUGGCUUCCCCUUCUUUAGUUUGUGUUAUAAGGGGUACAGCCUAUAUACCUGUAAUUAAUGUUGGCUGCAACGAUGUUAUGUUGUACCCCCGCACUGUUGUUGGCACACUGGACUUCGUGAACGUGGUCAGCCUUCCUGCAGGAGUCACCGAGGUGCCAUCAAAUGUGGCCACUGUGUCUUCCCAGACAGCUUCACCCAGUGUGCAGCAACAGGUGGACGAUGUGGAUGUGUCGCCAUUGUCGGUUGGUGAACAGGGUCAGGUGAGGUCACUACUUGGACAUUACGCUUCAGUAUUCUCCACCAGUGACACCGAUCUGGGUUGUACUAUCCUCAUCUCCCACGACAUUCCUUUGAUUGAUGAUACUCCAGUGGCGCAGCGUUAUAGGCGCAUUCCACCCUCAGAGUAUGAGGUGGUGAAGGAACACAUCAAUCAACUGCUCUCAUCUCAAGUAAUUCGGGAGAGUAGCAGCCCCUACGCGUCCCCGAUUGUGUUGGUACGGAAAAAGGGUGGCAAACUACGCAUGUGCGUUGAUUACCAGCAGCUUAAUCGUAAGACCCGCAGAGACGCCUUCCCUCUGCCACGCAUAGAAGAGUCUUUGGACGCAUUGUCCGGUGCUUGCUGGUUUUCAACCCUGGACUUGACCAGUGGCUAUCACCAGGUGCCAGUCACUGAGACCGACCGGCCAAAGACCGCGUUUUGUACACCUUUCGGUUUAUUUGUGUGGAACAGAAUGCCUUUUGGGCUCUGUAAUGCGCCCAGCACUUUCCAAAGGUUGAUGCAACGCAUCUUGGUGACCAGCAGUGUCAGUCUUUAUUGUUAUAUCUUGAUGAUAUUGUUGUGUUCUCCUCCACUAUUGAACAGCAUCUGGAGCGACUCAAAGUGGUGCUGGAGCGGCUUCAAUGCGAUGGGCUUAAAGCCAAGCUCAGCAAGUGCUCGUUCUUUCGCAAAGAGGUGCACUACUUGGGCCAUGUGAUAUCGGCUGAUGGUGUCUCCACAGAUCCGGCCAAGAUUGAAGUGGUUGCUAAUUGGCCGUUUCCCGCUACUGCCUCGGAGCUUCGUUCUUUCCUUGGUUUCGCCAGUUAUUACCGGCGGUUUGUGGAGGGUUUCGCUAAACUAGCAGCUCCUCUGCAUAGGGCUGUGGCUGAGUGUGGUGGCACCAAGAAGCCUGACCAGCGGUUUUCCAGGUGUUGGACUGAAGAGUGUAACAAGAACUUUGAAACACUGAAAGCGAAGCUCACCACUGCGCCCGUGUUGGCUUAUGCAGACUUCACCCUUCCAUUCAUUCUGGAGGUCGAUGCAAGCUAUGGUGGCUUGGGCGCAGUCCUCUCUCAGACUCAGGCGGGCAAGGUGAGGCCAAUAGCCUAUGCUAGCAGGGGCCUGCGACCUACAGAGAGGAACAUGGCGAACUAUAGCUCUAUGAAACUCGAGUUCUUGGCCCUUAAGUGGGCCAUGACAGAGAAGUUCAGAGAGUACUUGUUGGGAAAUAAAUGUGUUGUGUAUACUGAUAACAACCCCCUCAGUCAUUUGUCUUCUGCUAAGCUGGCUGCUACUGAGCAGAGGUGGGCAGCCCAGCUAGCCUCUUUCGAUUUCGAGAUCAAGUAUCGAUCAGGGAAGAGCAACACCAAUGCUGAUGCUCUCUCUCGUCAGCACCCAUCUGGUCCCCAAGAUGUAGAGGCGAUGCUUCCAGGUACAGCCACACCGAAGGCUUUGCAGCAAGCGUUGGGUUUGGGAAAGGCAGAGGCCACCCAAGCUACCAUCACAGCCAUGCCACAGCUUACUCCGCCUGAACUUCGUCUCGCUCAACAGACUGACCCUGUGAUACAGGAACUGUUGGUGUUUUGGAGGAGGAAGCA